UGGGCAAAAGAAAGCAUGAACAUGCCCCAAACCCAAUUAACCGUAAUUACGCAGGUCACAGAUAACCGCCAAGGGUUCGCACACUGUUAUUUCAGGCCCCACAACUGUGGGCGCCCUGGCGAGGAGGCCGGGGGUUUAUCAGAUGGAUCUGCGCUGGGACGGCGCUGGGUCGGCGCCCGGGGCCUAAGGACCAGUCCCCUAGGGCAGCCUCCACCCCAGGACGACCCCUCCCCCCCACCGGCGCGCCGAACCCCGCACCCAGGAGCGUCCGCAGAGACUGCGUUCCAGCUCGCAGGACCCCCGGGAGCCGUACCGCGAGUCGGGAAACUGAACUCCGCCACGAACCUUGCACGGAGCCCGCGAGGGGGCGCGCCCGCCCUAAUCCUCCCCAGCGGAGCCCGGUGGGAAGGCGGGGGCUCGCUCCCCGCGCCACGCGGCUCGACCAAUGGGAGCGCGUGCAGCUGGGCUCCGCGGUACGCGCCGCGGGUGCUGAAAACCCGGCGCGCGCAAGCGGGUCCGUUCUCCGCGCUCGCGAAGGUGGCGCGUUCUACCCCACGGGCCCGGAGCGCGCGCCUGACCGCCUCUGCCCGGAUGGACUCCGAGACCGCUACCCAGGCGCCGACCCAGCGCUACUUCACGUGGGACGAGGUGGCGCAGCGCUCCGGGCACGCGGCGGAGCGGUGGCUCGUGAUCGACCGGAAAGUAUACAACAUCAGCGAGUUCUGCCGGCGGCACCCCGGGGGCUCCCGGGUCAUCAGCCACUACGCGGGGCAGGAUGCUACGGAUCCCUUUGUGGCGUUCCACAUCGACAAGGGCCUUGUGAGGAAGUAUAUGAACUCUCUCCUGAUUGGAGAACUGUCUCCAGAGCAGCCCAGCUUUGAGCCCACUAAAAAUAAGGAGCUGAUUGAUGAGUUCCGAGAGCUUCGGGCCACAGUGGAGCGGAUGGGGCUCAUGAAGGCCAACCAUGUGUUCUUCCUGUUGUACCUACUACACAUCCUGCUGCUGGACGUAGCUGCCUGGCUCACUCUUUGGGUCUUUGGGACAUCCCUUGUGCCCUUCCUCCUCUGUGCAGUGCUGCUCAGCACGGUUCAAGCCCAGGCCGGCUGGCUGCAGCAUGACUUUGGGCACCUGUCUGUCUUCAGCACCUCCACCUGGAACCACCUGCUACAUCAUUUCGUGAUUGGCCACCUGAAGGGGGCCCCUGCCAGUUGGUGGAACCACAUGCACUUCCAGCACCAUGCCAAGCCCAACUGUUUUGGCAAAGACCCAGACAUCAACAUGCACCCCCUCUUCUUCGCCUUGGGGAAGAUCCUCUCUGUGGAGCUUGGGAAAAAGAAGAAAAAGUACAUGCCAUACAACCACCAGCACAAAUACUUCUUCCUGAUUGGGCCCCCAGCCUUGGUGCCUCUCUACUUCCAGUGGUAUAUUUUCUAUUUUGUUAUCCAGCGGAAGAAGUGGGUGGACUUGGCCUGGAUGAUCACCUUCUACGCCCGCCUCUUCCUCACCUACGGGCCGUUUUUGGGACUGAAAGGCGUCCUGGGCCUUUUCUUCCUGGUCAGGUUUCUGGAAAGCCACUGGUUUGUGUGGGUCACACAGAUGAACCAUAUCCCCAUGCGCAUUGAUCACGACCGGAACAUGGACUGGGUCUCCAUCCAGCUCCACGCAACAUGCAAUGUCCACAAGUCUGCCUUCAAUGACUGGUUCAGUGGACAUCUCAACUUCCAGAUUGAGCACCAUCUUUUCCCCACGAUGCCUCGACACAAUUACCAUAAAGUGGCUCCCCUGGUGCAGUCCCUGUGUGCCAAGCACGGCAUAGAGUACCAGUCCAAGCCCCUGCUCGCAGCCUUCGCCGACAUUAUCUACUCCCUGAAGGAGUCUGGGCAGCUCUGGCUAGAUGCCUAUCUUCACCAGUAACACCUCCCCACCCCAAAUCUGGAAGAGAUGCCUGUCUUCACCGAUAAUACCAGCCCACCUGGAAGAGGAGUUUCUGGCACCAAAGCAGAGGGGGGCUUGAGGGACAAUGCCACUGUAAUUAUAAUAUUCCGGGGGGGGGUUGAGGAGAUAAAGGCUCAACUCAAA